AUGCUCAUGCGGCUCGUGUUGGGACUCUUCGUCCUCAAAGCAGUGGUGGCCAGCCCCAGAUUUUCCCGACAAGUGGACUUGGACUCAUAUGACAGUGCCAACUAUGAUGUGGAUCUAGACAAUUUGAAUUUGGAGAACCAGGAUAUCUAUGACUACGAAGAUGGGCUGACAAUUGAUGAUCCUCAGAUAGAGAUUGGAACACUGGCCCCACCUGACUACAACUACCCUGUACCCGAGGCCUCCUUGGAGGAACAGGAAGGAGAGGAAGAGGAGGAGGAGGUGCCUCUGACACCCCAGCUCAUCCCCCAGGGUUCAGGGGGAUCUGGGGUUCUCAUGGGCCCAGACACACAGAAAGAGGUGGAGCUGCGUCUGACGCCCAUUGACAUCCUUCAUGUCUCCGGGGAUUUUGGGGGUUCCGUAGGGUCUGGGGCCUCAGGAGCUUCUGGGGCCUCUGGGUCUGGAGGCUCAGGAGAUCUACUGGUCUCUGGCGGCUCUGGGGGUUCUGGUGACAUUGUACUAGUCUCCGGAGCCUCUGAGGAGCUCCUCAGCUCUGGGGGAUCUGGAGAGUUCUUGGUAUCUGGGGAUAUCUUGAUAUCUGGGGAUCUCUGGGGAUCUGGGGAUCUCUCAGGAUCUGGGGAUAUCAUGGGAUCUGCAACUUCUGGAGCCUCUGGGGACCUUGGCUCUGGAGGUUCCGGGAUUUCCAUUGAACUCCCCCUGGGCUCUGGAGAAUCUGGGGACCAGUCUGGUUCUGGGUUCUCUGGAGAUCUCUUGAUCUCAGGGGCCUCCGGAAGCUCUGGGGUUUCUGGGGACUCUGGUGAGUCCGGGGACUCUGGGAUAACUUUGAUAUCUGGAGAGGAGGAGCUGCCCCUCAUUCCCGACACUAUCCCCCAAGAGGCAUCGGGUGCUUCUGGGGAUUUCUCAGGAGCUUCAGGAAUCUCAGGGGCCUCAGGGGAUAUUGAAGCCUCUGGAGACGUAGAUGUCUCUGGAGCCUCUGGGUCUGGUGUCUCUGGAGACACCGAGGUCCCUGAGGUAACUCUGGUCCCUGACAUUGACAAAGAGGAGGGGCUGCUUCCGACUACACCAGAAACCCCUCAGGAGGGUACUGGCGGUGUAGAAGGGUCAGUGAGCUCUGGAUUGCCAGAGCCGGGUGAACCUGACGAGCCUGAUGAGCCUGUGGUUGACAGACGAGGUAUGCCCACUUGCUUGCUGUGCACGUGCCUUGGUGGUUCAGUCUACUGUGAUGACUUGAAGCUGGACAGUGUACCACCUCUCCCCAAAGACACCACUCACUUCUAUGCACGCUACAACAGAAUCACCAAGAUCAACAAGUCUGACUUCGCCUCCAUGAACAAGCUGAAGAGGAUCGACUUAACCGCCAAUGAGAUAACAACCAUCGAGGACAGAGCAUUUAUGGGUCUCCCUGAGCUGGAGGAGCUGGUGAUCCGAGAAAAUCACAUCUCACAGCUGCCUGCCCUCCCAGAGACCAUGACCCUGAUUGAUGCCAGCCACAACAACAUUGGCACCAAGGGUAUUCACAAAGAGCCGUUCAAAGACAUGACUGGCCUGCUGUACCUGUACCUAACAGACAACCUCAUUGAUUACAUCCCUGUGCCUCUACCGGACAGCCUGCGAUCUCUACACCUACAGCGUAACAAUAUUCAAAUGAUGCACGAGGACACGUUCUGCAACCUGAAAGAUUUCAACUACAUCAGGAACGCACUGGAGGACAUCCGUCUGGACGGCAACCCCAUCAACCUCAGCAGGACCCCGCAGGCUUACAUCUGCCUGCCCCGUAUACCCAUCGGGGAUCUCAUUUAA